AUGCGUCAGCUGCGUGCACCGCUCGACGCACUACUCGAAAAGGACACUCCAUUCGACUGGAACUCCGAAUGCGACGCAGCUUUCGAACGCGCCAAGGAAGUGCUCGCUUCGGACCUGCUCCUUACUCACUACAACCCAGAUCUACCGAUCGUCGUCGCGGCCGACGCUUCAGACUAUGGAAUAGGAGCAGUCAUCUCCCAUCGUUACUCAGAUGGAUCAGAGAAAGCCGUCUAUCCCGCAAGUCGCUCUCUCAGCGCUACAGAACUACAGACAAACAGAAAAGGAAGGGGCUCGCCCUCAUCUACGCCAUCCGCAAGUUUCACCGCUACAUCUAUAGAAGCCACUUCACUCUUCUCAUGAACCACAAGCCACUUUUGGCCAUUUUCGGAUCGAAGAAAGGAGUUCUAUCAUACUUGACGAACCGUCUACAACGCUGGAGACUCACGCGCCUACGAUUUUGACAUCGAGUAUCGGAGCACUACCAACUUCGGACAAGCAGACGCACUCUCUCGCCCCAUUUCCGCCCAGUCGCCACCGGAAGAAGACCUCAUAACAGCCACAGUCGCCAGGGACGUGAACGCCAUCUUUCGCGACAAUGUUAACCGUCUACCGGUCACUGCUGAACAUGUAGCACGUGCAACCGCAGGGGACGACUGCCUACUUCAAGUCCUGGACCACGUCCUUCACAACCACUGGCCGAAGAAGCUACCACCAACCGUUGCCAAUUACGCCCACCUGCGUAACGAUCUCUCAACGCAACAAGGACGCCUACUCUUCGGGAGCCGUAUCAUCAUUCCGCUCUCACUCUAGCCAACUGUCAUGAGAGCGCUCCACCAAGAACAUCCAGGAAUAAAUAGGAUGAAGACUCUUGCUCGCAGCAACGUAUUCUGGCCGAAGAUCAACGACGACUUGGAGAAGCUCGUUCGCACCUGCGCCGCCUGCCAGGAGAGCACUAAGUUACCCACCAAGAACACACUCUGUUCGUGGUUUCGCCCGGAUGCGCCAUGGAGCCCUAUUCACGUUGAUUUCGCUGGCCCGAUAGAGGGAAUUUUUUACGUAGUGGUCAUCGACGCUUUCUCCAAAUGGAGGGAAAUCAUACCAAUGACUUCCUUUACCUCUAUUGCAACGCUAAGGAAACUUCGACGUCCAUUCGUGCAAUUCGGGCUUCCUCAGACAAUCGUCUCAGAUAACGGAACUCAAUUCACCUCUGCUGAGUUCCACGAUUUUUGCCGAAUCAAUGGAAUCAAGCACGUCCGGUCGCCAUCCGGUCGCCACCGCUUCAUCCUCGGACAAAUGGACGAGCUGAACGCUUCGUCGACACAUUCAAACGCUCAAUCGGAAAGAUUAGGAGCAAUGGACUGGCCGUGGACACUCUACACAUUUCUCUUCACUUAUAGGAGCACGCGGUGUACCGCAUUACGAUGGACGAUCUCCCGCAGAAAACUUCAUCGGUCGACGCCUUCGCAGCACGCUGGACUUGCUGAAGUCUAA